UGCCGUGUGCCUUAUUUCCUUACGUAGAAGAAGAAGCUUGUCGAAGACUACAAUAUGGUGCGGGAGAGGGCAGCUAGCGUUGACAGUUAACUAAACUCCACCAACGUUUCACUGCUGAUAUCACUUGUUUGUUUCACCCCUGGGCGACACAUACCAGUUCAACAAUAUAGUAUAUAGCGAACUAACCAGGUACGACUUUUGAACGAAGUAAACGAGAUAAUAAUGUGCUCUGGCUCAACGGUGCUAACUUCAGCUAGCAUUAGCCGUUAACUUUCCGUGUUGAAGCCUCGGAGUGGUCUCCGGAUGAUGGAGCUCAGUGAGCGGUUGUAACGUUGUCACUACCUCGGACUGGGAAACCAUAUCGCCCUUACCUGACUCUGACGCCUGUGCUCUUGGAGGUUAGCUCAGGUUGUUGUCUCCUGGCAUGCUACACCAGACAGUCCUCUUGUAGAAAGUCACAAGUGACCCCUGCUAGAUGGCGCCGUACCGGAGAAAAAGAGCCGUAAACGCCAUUGAGCUGUUGAGCUGGAGGAGUAGAGGUAUCGGGGAUGCUGGGACUCUGAUCAGGCUCAAUAUGGAGGUCCUUAGAGGUCUCAUCCUCCAGGAUAACAGGGAAUUCAUUAAAGUAUGGAGCAAGACCUCGAAAUCCACAAUAAUGUAUGAGAAUGGUAAAAUCUACUUGGAAAAUUACCAGAACUGCUACAGCUGUUUUCAUUCAGAGCCUCAAGUUCUUUACAAACUGCCCAAGAGAUCUAAAGUGGUGAAAUUUGAAGAUGCCUUGCUGUGUCAGAGCCCACUUGACCGCACAUUGGCCUCCCCCUCUGAUCACAAACCCGCCCUCUUGGCUUUAGCGGCCAAUAACUGGCUGUAUCGCCUUUCAGCUGAAACGGGAGAAGUGCUGCAGAGAGUUUUCCUCUCUUCAAUUUAUAAGUUCAGGUAUCUUGGCUGGGAUGUUUCUCAAGAGAUGAUUUAUGUUAAAUCUGUUCACAACAAAGAAUCAUCUAUAACACGACCGUACAGUUCAGUGAUGCACCUGGCCAUCUUUCACGUCUUCCCCUUACAAAUUGUCGGCAUUAUGGAGAUCAACAAAAGGGUGUUUGGAAAUGGUGUUACCGACGUUCUUCUGUCUCAAGGUGUGCUUGUGGUGUCUUACAUCAACAAGUCAGUGAAGCUGUACAGCUUUCAGCACAUAAUGCAAACGUUCUUGACAGAGAAGUUGACGCUUGGAAAGCAGAGUUCACUUCUUGGAGGCAAAACUGUGGGAGAUGUUCCAUUUGGUAUCCCAGUAAAUAUGCGAAUCACAGAUUGUCCCCCAGUGCUUUUCGAGGUGUCAUGCGAUUUUAACAGUGUCCAGAUUGGAGGCUACCCGUGGCACUACAUCUACACACCGCCGCAUAAAAAUCAGAAGGGCACUCACCACAUCUGUUCCCUCAAGGAAAGCAUUUUAGCAACAAAUGGAAUACAAAACAUGGACUGCUGCUCUCUAGAGAGUGAUGGGAUGUUCUUCCACCCGGACGACUCUGGAAGAAUCGUUCAUGUUGGACCUGCCACCAUAAAUGUCCUAAAACUCCUCGGUGACCUGAACAGUGUUUUGCCAUCAAAGGUCGUUGAUGAUUUCUCUAUGAACACUCAUCGAAACAACAAUCGUACCUCACAAGUCACUGUCACCUCGUCGGGCCGCACGGUGAAGAAAAGAUAUCAUCAGCUGGAUGAUGACCCAGAUCAAGAGACUUUCCGUCUGGUGGAAUAUGAGGAUGAGCUGGACCUUUUGGCAGUAGUGGUAACUAAUGGUGAGGAUGGAGAAGGCAGAGCCCACGUCUGCCUGCAUGACAACCAGAGCGGGCAGUUACUGCGGACGGUUGAUCUGGUUGAACCCUGGGACGAGACGUAUCGGCAUGAGUUGUUCUUUGACAAGGACACAAUUGUUCAUAUUGAACAAAAGAACACCACCUUCUCCUGCCAUGUUUACAAACUCGAGGCUGCCAGAAAAUAAGCGGCAUUUACUUUUUAAGGUUAUGUAAAUAUUUGUCUUUAAUGUUUGUUUUUGUGCAGCUUUUCUUUAAUCCUGAUUGACAUGUUCUGACUCACACCUAUAAACAUUUUUUACACUCUUUCUCUACAAUAAAAAUCUCAUAUUUUCCCAAAUUA